GCUGGCCGGGGCCUUCCUGUGGGAGGCGGAGCGGAUCCGCGAGGAGGAGCUGCGAAGGUCUGCAGAGGAGAUGAAGCACAUGGAGGAAGUCUCUAAGUUGUUCCAUGGCAGUGGGGCAGAGCACCAGAAGCUGGUUUCCAAAUCUCAUGUGGAUAUAACAGCUGCUCACGAAGAGCAUCCCUGGGAGAUGGUGAUGGACAAGAAACACUUCAAGCUGUGGAGGCGUCCGAUAGAGGGAACCCACCUGUAUCAGUACAGAGUCUUUGGGACAUACACAGAUGUGACUCCCAGGCAGUUCUUCAAUGUGCAGCUGGACACUGAGUACAGGAAGAAAUGGGAUUCACUGGUCAUCAAACUGGAUGUAAUUGAGAGAGACCUGACCACUGGCUCGGAAGUGGUUCACUGGGUAACUCACUUCCCUUACCCGAUGUAUUCACGAGACUACGUGUAUGUGCGGCGGUACGACGUGGACCAGGAAAACAACCUGAUGGUGCUGGUGUCGCGAGCGGUGGAGCAUCCAGGUAUCCCAGAAGAUCCCGAGUUCGUGCGAGUCCGAACCUAUGAAUCCCAAAUGGUUAUCCGACCACACAAGACAUUUGAUGAGAAUGGCUUUGACUACCUGCUGACAUACAGUGACAAUCCACAGACAGUAUUUCCGCGCUACUGUGUCAGCUGGAUGGUCUCCAGUGGCAUGCCAGACUUCCUGGAGAAGCUGCACACAGCAGCUCUGAAAGCCAAGCGGAUGGAGAUCGAAGUGCAGGACUACAUCUCUGCGAAGCCCAUUGAUAAUGGCAACAGCGGCGAGGGGAAGGCGAGCAUGCCCAGUACAGAGCACAAGAAUGACAACACUCACAGCCCUGCUCAGCUUGAGUAUGCCUAGGAACUGGCUGUGCCUCCCAAGUCAGCACCAUGGCCUCUGCUCCUGGACUACAGAGCAGGGCAGAUGGGGGAACUGACAUCAGUGUAGCCACUGGAGCUUAGUUCAACUGUUCUGCUUUUUGUCUUCAAGCUGUUCCUCACCUCUGCCUUGUGCAGCCUCUUUCCUCUGUGUGCGCCUUGUUCUUGGUCCAGCCUGGCCAUUGAAACACACUGUUGUAUAACAUCCUUUCUGUGCUGGUGGUUUGUCCCCUGAGGGUACUAGCUAGUGUGUUUCAGCUGGAUUCUCUUCAUGAUAAGCAGAGUUUGGGCAAGGGGCAGCACACAAUCCACAUUCUCUUCCAUGAGGCUGACGCCCCGUUUUAGCAGCCAUAACUGCACUUUCACAGGGAAGCACGCCAUGAAUUCUGCUGUGCUAUAGGGUACUGCUGCUCAUGGCACUUACCUAUGGGGGACUCCUUUCUCAGUGCAGGAAGUUGGGGAGUCAAGGCCAUAGCUUUCUGCCACCUCUCAGUCAGGAUAUACCUGGGCCUCGAGGAAGCAGAACUUUGUGCUGGUAAUCCCCAGGUGUCCAGGUACCUGCCCCACUCCCUUUCUUCUAAUGUGCGGUUUGAAGUUCCAUGUAGGACAGGCAGCAUGGGCCAGAUGGGCUCCUCUGUGCACUCCUUCCCACCUCCCCUUUCCUUCAAAGCCUGGCUACUGCAUGGUACAGGGAGAGUGUGGCAGGGGAGUCAACCUUGUCUGAGUGUAGUUGAAUGAUGCUGUGUUGAAGGCCUCCUUGCCCCCUCCAUGCCUGUUUAUGAGGCCCAUUAACAGCCACUCCGGAUUUGUUACAGCUUUACUUAAGCCUGGCAUUUCUAUGAAAACAUGUGAAUAAACUUAGACUGGUACAAGCCCUAA